CAGGCGCAUGCUUCUGCCCACUGCCACACAAACUUGCGCUGGCAUCUCGGAGGGCAGCCCCAUCUCCAGUCCAGUCCUGGGUGUCGAAGCUGAUCAUCACCCUUUCCUGCACUUCGCCUGACCUCUUAGAUAGAGCCUCCCCUGCUCUCAAGCCUUCCUGUGGAUUAAACUGAAUUUUCAGGGCCGUCACUCACAAUUUCAGGCAUCCGCAACUGAUCUACACAAGCAAGGACCGGUACCACUAACCUGUGGACCACGGGGAGCAGAGAGAGUCCACCAUACUUCAUCUGAGGACAUCGACCUUGCCUAACCCAAGCUGAACUCAUCCACCUCAUCACCCAAAGACUGAGGAUCCGGUGGUGGAGCACGACAUUUCCAGUACUGUAGACUGCCACAUUUCUUUGUGGGACUAUACGUGGGCCCUCUGCAACAGACAGAGACAGACAGAAAACCAAGACAAAUCCAUCUGAUUCAAACAACACCUUUCACCAUGGCAACCACGGGCAUGCAGUUGUUGGGGCUAAUCAUGUCCAUUGUGGGCUGGGUGGGUGGGGCGAUAGUCUGUGCCAUCCCCCUGUGGAGGGUCACUGCCUUCAUCGGUAACAACAUAGUGACAGCUCAGAUCAUUUGGGAAGGUCUCUGGAUGAAUUGCAUUGUGCAGAGCACAGGUCAGAUCCAGUGUAAGGUGUAUGACAGCUUGCUGGCUCUGCCCAGUGACAUGCAGGCUGCCCGCGGCCUCACUGUGUUCUCCAUCCUGCUCUGUGGCCUGGCUCUGGCUCUGGGGGUCCUAGGAGUCAAGUGCACCAAGUGCAUCGGUGUGAACAGCCUCAAGGCCCGUAUUGCUCGCAUCUCUGGAGCCCUUUUUGCGAUCGCGGGGUUCCUCUACCUUGUGCCCGUCUGCUGGACUGCCCACUCCAUCAUCAGGGAUUUCUAUGACCCACAUGUGGCGGCUCCACACAAGCGUGAGCUUGGCCCUGCCCUUUACAUUGGCUGGGGGGCUUCAGCCUUGCUCCUGAUUGGGGGAUCUCUGCUCUAUGCUGGGUCAAGUCCCCCUGGCAUCCCAGGCUCUCCCACCUUCAGCAGUGGAGAAAGUAGUCCUCGCAGGGCACCUGCCACACAAGUCAAAGGUUAUGUCUAAGUUGCCAAAAUGUCUGAAUGCCUUCAAGUCUCACAAGUCCACCCCAAACGAUGACAUACCUGUUUUUUCUCCUCUUGAUUUUGCUCCUUGUAAUUAUUUUAUAUUUAAUGUUAUUCCGGUUUACUUUUUUAUUUGAAAAGCCACAGGAAGCUGUUUAGGGAAAAUUGAACUCAUUUUAUUAUUUCAUACCUGAUAUCCUCAAAUAACCUUUUUUCUCUGUCUGUCAGUGUAAAAUACAAUAAACGUUG